AUGUCGGGUGAAACCUUAGAUCGUGAAGAGGGGAUGGGAUAUGACGAUCACGGUGUGGGCACAGACGAGCCGUCUACGGAGUUCGUAGUCGUUCGCCCUCUCCGAGGUAACACCCCGGAUGUGGAAGAGACUGGGACCUCUCAACCUUUACCGGUCGAGGAGGGGAAAAAGAAAAGAAAGGCUCCCGAGGCCAGCGAUAAAAAUGAAGACCGUGAUAUCAAGGCCUCUCGGUGCACGCAGGGUUUUCUGAGAGCAGUACGGGAAACGUUCAGUAUUCCUGUCGAAUACGAGCUGUCUUUGGUGCCCGAGGGGCAAAAGCUGAACGACGUGCCUUCUGCGAACACCAUCAUGCUGACUUUGGAGCAUUUGCAGUCCGGGAUCCGGUUUCCCCUGCGCGAGGACUACAAGCAGCUGAGCCGGUACUUCGAGGUUCCUUUGUCUCAGAUUCACCCUAAUGGGGUUCGACACUUCUCUUGCUUCUUGAAGCUCUGUGAGAAGACCGGGGUGGUUCCCAGCAUGAGGUUAUUCUGCUGUUUAUACCUCAUGUCUCUGACGGGCCGGAACCAUUUCGCGUACCUGCGGUUUCGGAGUGAAAGAAAAGCGGUUCCCGGGGGGUUGAUCUCCGGAGUGAUUGAUUCACUCCGGGAUUUCAAAGAGGACUAUUUCCAGAUUUCCCACCCUUCGGCUUUUGAUGGGAUGAGCACCUCGUGGGUGAUCAAAUGCUACAAGCCGGAGAAGUGGUUCCACAUCCCGGGACCUCUAGAAGAUAAAGACAUUGCGAUCCUUCGGGAUGAUGCCCCUCCGGGGAAGAAAGCACAAGCUGAUGACUUGUGUCCAAAGCUUGUUUUUGACUACUGGAAGAAUUCAGUGCCCGGCGCUGGGGUGAACAAUAUUGACCUGGGCAAGUUGGCUGGCAAGAAAAGAAAGAGGCCGGCGAGCCGAGGUGUGACUCCGGCUCCUGCUCCAGUUCCCCGAGCUACCGAGGUGCCAAAGUCACCUGCUGCCAAGGCACCUGCUACCACGGGUGUUCCUGAAGAACCCCUACGGGGUGUUGACGCUGUCCCCCUCCGGGUUCGUUUACCGGAGGGGAUCGAGGUGCCGGUAGGUGCCGAACCGGUCGGGAACAUCCCGUUCGUGAAUUUGGACUCUACCGAGACGGUGGAUGGUCCAGCUCGGGGCCCAGCUGAUCCCCAGGGAGCACCUACCGAGCCUGCCGGUCAAAGCUCCAGGGCUCCGCCGACCCGAGUGCCUGAUCUCCCGGACAUCUCGUCGGGGUCGAGUACUACAGCCCCGGGUCCCCAGACCAUCACUCGGGCCAGCUUUGCCGAGUGGGUCAGUAGGCAUAACGAUGGUCGACCAGCUACCCUGCAUGACCUGGUCAUUGCGGGCGACGUUGCUCGUGUGACCACUCUCCCUGCUGACCGGGAGCACUACAAGUCCCACAAGCCUGAGAACUUGUGGGCUGUAGUUUCCUCCUUCUGCCUCCAGGCCUCUCAGAUGGCCUAUAUGGCCGAUCAAAACCAGAGCAGGGUGGAGAUUGACCUGACAUUGGCCAAAGACCUUCUUCUGAUCGAGAAGAAAAAGGCCCGGGAAGCUGAGAGGCGGGCUUCCGAAGCAGAGAAGAAAGCUUCUGAGGGGGCUGCCCUCGUUGCCACCUUGGAAUCCCAGCUGAAGAGUUCGGAAGACCGCCGAGCUGAGGACCUCGGUGUGCUGGAGAAGCUGCGAGCUGAGGUGACUCAACUCGAGAAUGACAGAGUCCUGGCCCGGGACGAUUUCACCAAACAGCUGGCCGACUUGACAACUCGGAACGAUCUGGCUUCUAAGGGUCUUCGGGAGACCGUGGCCGACCAGAAGAAGCAGAUUGCUGAGAUCACCCAGCGGGCUGAGAAAGCGGAGGCCGAGGUGAAGGAAGUCACAGGCCGGGAAGAGAAGAUUUAUGACGACUUCCGCCGCAUCCUCUAUGUCAGCGAGGUUCAAGCGGGCGAGUAUGUCCGAGGUCGUUUCGGAGCCGAUGUGGAUGUUUCAGACUUUGUUCUGGACAUCGAGGAGCUGGGUCGGCGAGCCAAGGAGCUGCCAGAAGACUAUGAUGUGCCCGCCGACAUCGAAGACUACCUUGCUGAUGACCAGGAACCGGGCUCCAACCCUCCUUAGAUAGUUUUUUCUUUUUUUGCCUUGUAAUUUUUGAACAGUUUUUGUAACUCCUGAAUAUUGAGCUUUGAGCUCUCUUUAUAAGAUUGAAUACUUUCUUUUGUAUAUACUUGUUUUCUUGAAUGAGAUUUCCUUUAUUUUGUAA